AUGAAUGAAGAAGCUGGCGUAAUAUAUGAAAGUUCAGUAAUUUCAAACUUGGAUGAAGAAGCUGAGGUAGUAGAUGAAGCUGUGGAGAAUCUGAAAUUUGAUAAAGGGAGGGAAAACAGAAAACCUACAAAAGGCUUUCUUAACAGAGGGAAAAUGGGUGACAGGAAUUAUAAUGACAAUAUGUAUGGAGAAGGAAACAUCCCGGUGGAGGUGGCUAUACUGAGAGAGUUGGAGUACAGGAAAAAAGUUGCUCAGAUGAAGCACAUUCCUGAAGCCGAAUUUUGCAGAAAUUUCAGGCCUUUGCAGUUGCAGUCCUCCAUUCCCAGUCCCGGGCUCGGCUCCAAUCAAAGGUUGCCAAGUUCACAUCCGGCUCCUAAACCUCCAGCAAACCCUGAAUCCAGCCGUGGCCCCCUUCCAAUUCAAGCACCAAAGCCAGCUCCUGGAGUUCCAAUGAUGCACCAGCAACGAAGUCGAAGCAAACAGCAUGAAUCUCAGCAGGCUUCCUCCGGUGCAGGACGUGAUCACGAUGACCUUCAUCAGAAUCACAGCGAUCACAACUUCUGCAAGAUUUGCCACAUCCCUUGCGCUGGCUAUGACAACUACAAGCAACACUUGGAAGGCAGAAGGCACAAGAAGAGGAAACUAGAACUGGAGAUAGGGGAGAGACAGCGUGGUGCGGUGGAAAGUCCUAGACGAUGGUGUGAAUCAUGCAAGAUCUGGUGCAUGAAUGACGAGCUCUACCAAACCCAUCUAAGAGGCAGACAACACAAGAACCAUCAGCUUCAGAUGCUGGAAGUUGCUUCGGGGAAGGACAAGGCGCUGCAGAUUGUGGUAGCAAAGCAAGCGUUACACUGUGAUGUUUGUGGUGUCGAUUGUCCAGGUGAGGAGUCCUUGAUGAGUCACUUGAAGGGCAAGAGACACACCGUUGCAGCCCAGUAUUUGAGAAAUGGAGGAGGAGGCACACAUGGUGGCAGAACAGGAAACCAGUUGCGCUAUGGAUGUGAUCUGUGCAACAUCUGGUGCCCGGACAUGCAUGCACUGGAAAUGCACAGGCAAGGGAAGAAGCAUAUAGUUCAAGAAAUCCGGAGCAAGAAGGCAUGA